CAUUACACAAAUAUGUCAAAAAAAAUGAAACAACGUACGUAAUAACUAAACUACGGAUUCUAUACAUUUAUGACGUAUAUUGUUAUAAUAAACAUACAUAACGUAUGUAUAAUGUAUGUUGAAUAUAUUCUACAUUUAUUAUAAUCAUAUUGUUAUUUCAUUUCGGCAUAUGUUUAUUACAUUAUUUUACACAAAACAUCCAAAUUUAAAAAAUGCAAUCUUUUACAUAAUUGACGUUCAAACAUAUGUGAAUUCCGUACAUGAAUAUUCAUAUGAAACGCAUUAGGUAACUUGAGAGCAGUGCGGGGUUCCUUAAUUUAUCCGAAUCUAGCCUUCCUGCGUCGAUAAAGUUACGAAACCACGAAAUCCAAUGAGCCGGUCACUAUAAUCAGCAGGGUGGUUCUAAACGAAAACCGAAUGCUAACGACGACACGAAACGAUAGACGCUGGAUUAUUAGAUUAGCGUCCCCAUGACGACCAGUGGUCAAGGAAAUGGGUGUUUCGUGGACAGUAGACGUGCAGCAGUGAACGCGGUUCGAGCGACUGUCAAACUGGCGGCCAGUGUAAGAGAAAAUCUUAAUCGUGGUUCGCGACAAUGGUGACCCCGACCGGCGGAGUUCACGCGCGAGAACAGUAACCCGACCUUUGUAAGUGGCGUUCCGCCGACGAACUUGAUGUGAGCGACGUCGAAGAUCGGCCGAUUAUCGCCAGUUUGUUACACUCAAAUAUUAAGCCUCCGUCACGUCCUCCUCGUCGACACUGAAGCCGAGCAAGUAUUUAAGUCGAUAUAUCAUCUGCAGAAGAACUGCAGAAUUUAACAAUGUUCUGUCGGAAACGAAACGAUGGCAUCGCGAAGCUUGUGGAAAAUUCAAACAAGGACGAUUUCGGAUGGUGGCUGAGCAAUGAAAACAAAUUAAACUCAUCGACGACCAACCAGGACAAGGAUUGCCUGUCCUUGGGAUCAUCCGAGUCGAUGCUGUCCUGCAUUGAUUCCGAGGACGACGAUAGUUAUUCUCUCGCACAGGAAUUCAGACAGGAACGAAACAAUAAUUGCGAGAGGAUAGAACUCGCGUCUUUAAUUCACGAGGAUCUCGACGUGAACUUGAUCGAACAAGAUGCGAUUGGAAAGGAAUCGGAGGUCACGCCAUUUUCAGCUAAAGAAGCCGAAAACUACUUCGACGAGUCGAAAUCUAAAUCGCGCGGGUUCCAGGCCGUUUGCUAUACCCCGGAAAGGUUGAUUAAAUCUCAGGAGUAUAGAAUACUCACCCCGUCGCCCCGUUACUUGUCCAUCUCUCAAGCGAGAAUCAUGCCAGAAAAUGAAAAUCAACGGAAGGCGCUUCGUUGCCGGCGGCGAUUGAAUUAUCUUAUCGACUCUAAGCAAGUUGGCCUCGUUCGUUCCAACUCCGCGGAAGUAGCAGUGCCAACGAUCGUUUUACAUCAUUGGAACGCGUACAGAAGGAGCUACGACAGCGAUGAAAACGGGAAAUUAGAAAUUACCCAAAAUGGAAAAGAUAUGAAGAAGUCGUCCAACGUGAACAUACCUGGUUUGCUCAGCGAAAGAUCCAGCGAGGAGGGUCUUUCUAUCUCCUGGGAGGACUGGAAAAAGAUUGACACGCGGAGCUCCUCUCUGGAGGACACUUCCGGUAUUCAGAGCAACGACUGGAGCUCAGAUACUCACAGCGACACGCAAAACACGCCUUUGUGUCUUUUCGACGAGUUAGCUUCGACGAAUUACAAGUUCGACUCUUCACAGGAACGUGGUACCCGUACCAACGAAGUAGUAUCAAUUCUCAAAGCUCUCGACACGGAUCCUGAAAAGGCGAUGGUUCUUCUGGAAGAAGAUCGUUUUUGCAACAGCACUUCCUCCCACGAUCAAUUGACCAGGCUGGCUCUGGCGAUUGAAACGGAUACAAAAGUGCCAGAAGUUGUUGAACAUUCCGAAAAUAUAGUACACCGUCUUCAAAUGAAAGUGGAGAAGCUUCAGGCUAGCAGCAAGGAUAUUUACAAAGAUAUAUGUAACCUGCGAACGAGUUUUCAGUGUGACGAACGGAAAGUGACGGAUAUCUCGUCCAGCACGAACAAACUGCGACAAGACAUCCACGAGAUGCGAUAUCUUGAUGAUCUCUUAAGUCUCUUACGGGGAGAGAUCGAAAGAAUCUCGAAAAGGAAUUGGCCAUUCGUCAUCGGGCGUACGGAACAUGAUUCGGAGGAAAUGAAUCUCAUCGUGUAAAUAAUUCCCCUCGAUUGCAUCUGUAUCAUACAGUUAGCGAAAGGAAACUCAGACUGAAGAUAUAGCUGUGAAACGUUUAAGGCUACCUUUUUAUUAAAAAAAAAGAAAGAAAGAAAAAACAACGGUAUUUUUUAAUAAAAACUACAACUUCUGUAGGUACUUUUACAAUACACAAACGCGUUUAAAGCGUAUCACUGCCGCCAUAUAAUUUAAACAAAAAUUGAUUCCAUAAAAAAAUUGUCCUGUGAAGUUAUUGUAAAAGUCGAGCAAUACGAAUCGAAAUUUUAAAAAUCUUGCUAUCCAGUACGCGUACUUUGUGUUUCGCUAGAAUAGAGUUUAUUAUCGAGUAAGUUUGUUUAAAUUAUUUCAUAAUAAUAUAUAUUUGUAUUUACAAUAUAUGUUUCCUUGUAGUUUUAUGAAUUAGUGGUGAAAUUUUACUGUACGAAAUUUUGAAGUUUGUUGCUCUUGAACAAACUGUUACCAGUAUUAAUGUUGCUACUUAAUCGUGCGAUAUACCACGAGCAGGUGCAGUUUAAUUAAAAUUAGUACCUGCGGAACACUUGAUACGUAUCUGUACGAACGUCAACCUCCUAUGCGGAUCUCCUCUAUGUUUUACAUCUAAAAUUUCUUGAAUCAUCUUUUCUCUACUUGUUUAGUUAAUACAAUUAUUUAUUAUUAUAAUUUCGAACUAAAAAUGAAUACAAUUGAGCACGUCAUAUCGUUUGUAAUGUUAACAGUCAAACGAAAUUAUCUCUAAUAUUUAUUUCGCAAUGUUAAAAUUGAAUACAAAAUUAAAUCAAAAAAAUUGGAAUCUAUUAUUUAUUUAUCGUAUUAAAGCUGAAUAUUUCAGGUUCCAUCUGCUUAUCACAAACUUUCUAAGAAACAAUUAAAAUUUUUUUUCCUUUCUUUAAACUUACAACUAGUUACGUCUAUUUAUAUUUGUCUAAUGUAUAAACACUUUCAAGUGUUCCACAAAAUUUCACUAAUUUAUCGAAUAUCGAAUGAAAGGAACCGUAUUAUUUUGAGUUACAUUGUCUAGAAAUAUUAGUAGAAAAUUAUAUAAAAUUAAAAAAAAAAAAAACAUGUUUGUGUAAACGCGCAAAACUCACUUUAUAAAAAUAUUUUAAAUAUUGCAAUCUAAACAUUUUUAGAGGUGUAUUUUGGAGUUCCACUUUGUACUCUUUUUACGAAUACUUUUGUGAACGAAAUAAAACUGAUAGUUUCUUU